AUGAGUGCACAAGACGAAAGAUCAAGUGUGACGGUUGCCAACCUUGCGCCAAUUGUCGCUUCAACAAGCUGGCUCCGGCCUGCGAAUACCGCCACCGUUCUCGUCGACAUGCUGUAUCUCGAUCUGAGAGGAAAGACAAGGGAACAGCUGCUCCGGCUCUUAUCAGCAAGCUCAAUCAAUGACGGUUCUGUCGACCCAGAGUCUGAUAUUGACGACUCAGGUCAGAUCUCCGAAAAUGGAGACGAGUUUGACAGGCGCUGGGAUGAACUACAGCCUGGCGCAGACGAAUCGAUGCUGUCAAGUGAUGACAUCAAUGCAGUGUCGCUUGCAUAUGACCAGCAUCGUAGGUCGUAUCUUGGCGCUGCCUCUAUCAGUGCCAUACUUCGCACGAUCUUUAGACUUUGUCCGGACGCCAGAUUUCGUGUCGCCCAAAGUGCCCAAGAGUGGCCUACGCCCUCUCUGGAUCUACAAGUCGGAAAGCAGACGAACCCUAGUCAUGAGGACGACGCGAGGUGCAUAGAUGCAUAUUUCAAGUUCAGCCACUGUGUUGCGCCGAUGCUCAAUGAGGCCGAAUUCAAAUAUAAAUGGCAGACUGCGAGUGAACAGGAAGCCUCCUGGCAAGGGCUGUUCAAUAUGGUAUGCACGAUGGGCUCUAUCGCCGCAGGGCACGAAUCCAUGCACAAGCUAUACUACCACCGCGCACAAACACAUCUGACUUUAGAAACUUUUGGCUCUGGCAAUCUAGAAAGUGUUCAAGCCUUGUGCCUCCUGGGUGGUUGCUACUUGCAGUACAUGAAUUCACCAAACAUGGCAACAGCUGUUUUAGGCGCCGCUUAUCGAAUGGCUUUCGCUUUGGGCCUGCAUCGAGACGCAAGGAAAAGCAACCCCCCUUUCACAAGUCCUCCUGGUGGAGAUUCUGUUGCAUACGAGUCUACACUAUCCAAAACGGAGACAAGACGUCGUACUUGGUGGAGCCUAUUUUGCUUUGACGUAUGGACAUCUAUGACAAUGGGUCGGCCUACAGCUGGACGAUGGGAUCCAAACUCAAUGGACACUCACUUACCAGCUCCUGUGAAUGGUGCGGAUAACGCUGCAAUCUCUUUGGACGCCAGUGCGAAGUUUUGUCUUCUAGCCAACCGUAUCCAAGAUCGGUUUGCCCAGAUCGGGCGCAUGACUUUUGGAGAAGUGAUUGCUUUUGACAAAGAGCUACAAAAUUGGCAGUCCAGUUUACCUGAUGUCCUCAAGUCACCGAACAGAUGUCCUGGUCAUCUAUUGAUCGCGCGAGAUUUUAUGCACAAUCGGUACAUAAAUCUCCGCUUAAUUCUAUACCGGCCAGUGCAGCUUCAUCGCUUCAACCCACGGGGAUCAAUACAUGAAAUCAAAGACCAAGAGCUUUUGAUUCACAAUACUUGCCAUGACCUAGCCGUGGAUGCUGUUGAGGCAAUAUCGAAGACUUGGACCCGUAACAGGGUUCACGUGUGGAAUGCCUCGUGGUACUUAUUCCAGGCUGCUAUGGUCCCGCUGCUCACCCUUGCACAAAGGACCGGUGACCAGGUUCAAUCUAAUAAUCCUGCCUCGAAAGACAUCUUGAGGAAGAUCCUUGAUUUACUCCACCAGAUGGAACCUUGGAUGAGGUCGGCCGAUCGAUCAAGACACAUUGUUGUCGCAAUUCUCGACGCACUUUCAAAUGCAGAAACUCGUCGCACACCAUCACUAUCUGAUGGUGAUAUGAACUUUUUCGGAUGGUAUGAUGAUCAAGUUACAUUUGGAGAUGACAUUGAUUGGAGUGAAUUCCUCGUUGAUGACGAGAGUCUCAGGGACACGAAUUGGAUUGUUCAUUGA